UUGUUAGCAGACUCUAGUUUCUGCUUCUUCUUCAUUUGUGUGGCCACUAUCUAGAUCCCGAAAGUCCCACAUUCGAAUAAAUAGUGGUAAAUACAGAGUGUAAAAUCCCCUCAUUAAGUUGAUAUAGCUAAAAUGUCAGUCUAUUCACCAUCAAGGAGGCAAUUAUUAAUUCAUUCAACUUUAAUUUAUACUUGUGAGAUCACUAAGGGUCGACCCUCAUUUACAAUGGCAUCGAGUCAAUUACAAAACAAUCAUAAUCUGGUAUACAGAAAAUGAUUGUUGCUGCUUUGAUGAGGCCUAUAGCUUUAUGAUAGGCCUGGGAGUUUACAUUAUUUUCCAGUGACUAUUUACUUUGCAGUCCACCGGCUGUGACAUCAGAACCUGGACGGUAUAAAUGAACAAAGGCAGGCACCUUGGAAUAAACACAUCUACACUCUUGUCCAGAGGAGGAGCAGGAGAACAAGGGAGGGAGACUGGACAAAAGAAAGAGAACAAGAGGCAGAGGUGAGGAACAUGGACAGAAGGGACACCCAGCUGGUCUGCUCUUUGCUGCUGUGUAUCAUCACUCAGGUGUGGUGCCAGCUGUGCUCUGGGCCAUGUCAGUGCCCGCCCACCACGCCACGCUGCCCUGUUGGUGUUCCCAUGGUGUCAGACAGCUGCGGGUGCUGCCAGGUUUGUGCUAGGCAGGAAGGCGAAGCCUGCACCGACCGGCUGCCCUGUGACACCCGCCGAGGACUGCAGUGUGACUCCAGCGCCAGCUUCCCCGGAGGGCCGGGACAGUGUGUCGGUCGGAACGAGCUGGGCUGUGAGGUAAAUGGUAGGAGGCUGGAGGAGGGACAAGCAUUUCAACCUUCCUGUGCCCAGCUCUGCCACUGUCUGGGGGGAGGGGUCACCUGUGUGCCCCUGUGCAGUGAUGAUCUGCAGAGGCCCGCUGAUCAGUGCCACAACCCUCAGCUGGUGCGACUACCGGGACACUGCUGCAAAGAGUGGUUGUGUGAGGGCCUGGACAACAGCAUUUCCUCAAAUCCAUCAACAGCUGAGCAGACACGUCAGGACUACGGCCGUGGACUGUCUGGCCCGUCGUUUGGCUCCAUGUCCAACUGUAUCGAGUGGACCUCAGACUGGAGCCCCUGCUCCCGCAGCUGUGGCCCAGGUGUCUCCACCCGCAAAACAAACAGGAACUGGGUUUGCCGCCUGCAGACUGAGACCAGACUGUGCCAGGUCAGGCCGUGCCAGACUCUGAUGCCGGGGCUCCCAACGCUACAGCUGGGCUCGGGGGGGUGCGAGAGCAGCUACAGUUCACCUCUGUCCAUUCAGCUCGAACAGCAGGGCUGCUGGAGCACCAGAGCCUACCGUCCCAGGUUCUGCACCUUGACCUGUCCGGAGGGACGCUGCUGCAGCCCCUCCCACACCAGGACAGUGCGGAUGGUUUUCCGUUGCCCCCAUAACAGGCUCACCCAACAGCAGGUGAUGGUGAUCGAGUCCUGCUCCUGCAGCAUCUCCAACUGCCGCCAGUCCACAGCUGCCCGGAAUAUCCUACUCUGGCCGUGAGCUGCAUGUGCAUCCAGCUACAAGAGAGAUGGGCGGGACCCGUCGCUGAGGAAAGUGACCAAAAGUGAUGACACAUGAUUGAUGAAAUGUAUGGAAAUAUUACAAUCAGGAUGGGAACUUGACAUUCGACAAUAGCUGUUGUAGUAAGAGUAUUAGGAUAAAUACAGCAAAUACAGAGUUUUGUAAAUGGGCUCUCAAUUUUGAAAGCAUGUACUGUAAUGUAUGUAAAUGAGGUUUAUGCAGUUAUCUCUACCUAGAUUUAAAAACAAGCAAGAGCCCCAUUUAGUUACAUUUCUAUACAACUUCAAGUGAAUGCUCGUGGAUGUGCAAUUAGAUUGUCCACAUAUUAGCCACGACAACUUUAUAUGGGGAUAAUAUGUUAAGCUAUGUUUAUGUCUUGUUAUGCAGCCCUCAAGUUUACAACAUUCAACAUUAUCGUGUUACAGUAUUGAUGUCAAAGACGCCGGUGCGUUGUGUUGUAUGGAAAUGAGUAAGCUGACCAUCUAGCCCGGCCCGGCUUGUCCCAUCGCUUUUUGACCAUUAAAAAAAUACUAUUAAAAAUGUGUAUUUUAAAAUGUAAAUCAAAUAACCACUGGUUUUUUUUAUCGUAUGACUGAAAGAUACUGUCACAGUAAACACAAAGAUAGGUAAUGUCAACUAAAGGCCGACCCCACACGAGAAGAUUACAAGAUAGCAGUGCUAUCCUGUUUCAGCAGUUUUGUCAACGUCUGUUUUUCUUGCCCUGCUGUUGGUUAGUGUUUGGCUUUUCUUUUUUUCUUUUUAUAACUGAUGUCUGUAAAUUUAGAUUGUUUGGACCACGUUUGGAACAUGUGGCUACAUUUUACACAGUGUACCUUUUAAAGUUAAGCUGUGAUUAAAUUGCAUGUUUAUUGACACACAUAUUUGCUUCGUAAAUCCCAAUUACACAGGAGAAAUUUAUGGAUUGUCAUUUUUGAUGUCCUUCAGGUUGUGCAGACAGAUUGGCGCUGAGUUUGCAAAAAGCAGCUACCAUGAAAAUGUUCUCAUUGGUCGACUAAAAACAUGAACACACGUCCACAAUUUACAGAUGACACACUGAUUUUAGAGGACGGAUGGUAUAAUAGUAAUGGAGUUAUAUAAAACUGCCCAUUACAUACAUAUUUUAAAGGGUCCUUGUGAAGGAUUUCGGAAUAACUAUGUUUUCAAUAUAAUCUGAAACUAAGAAUUGUUGUGUUUUUGUUAGCUUAGAGAGCCCUUAUCUACGAAGAGAGCAGGUCCUCUUCGUGGAGUCCUCCACGUUUCUACACUAGCCCAGAACGGACAAACCAAACUAACUCUAGAGGUGUUUUUACAUCACCUGGAAGCCACCGUAGUUCUCCAACACACCUGGAAAGAGAGGGGAGAGCAGAGAGGUGUUGAGUUAGUUGCAAUCUGUAACCUCACCACUAGAUGCCACUAAACCUUACACACUGGCCCUUUAAAUGAUACAGAUUCACAUGCGCUCUCCCAAACCUGUUGGUUCUGCAGUGUUUGUUUGCAAAUGUGUGGAUGAAUUGUCAAUGUGUUUCUAAAAGAUCUGAUUUUAUUUUUUAAAACGCUGUAGUCAUUAAGAAAAAGGUUGUCUGUUAAUCAAGAACACAAAUGUUUAAUAAAACUGACUGGUUUUAUGACUAGUAUGAAUAGUUAAA